GAACGCCGCCUCGCACGGUCCUCAUCGCCACUAAGGCAAGCAAAGUGAUAGACGGAAGAAAACGGAGCCCGGGAACUGAUUUAUUUGACUCGAGGCAAAACUUCGCUUUAUCGUAGAGAGGAAAAAUCUAUAAGAUAAACAGGUGUAUUAUAACCAGACUAAGGGAACAAAAAAACUUGAUUCACUAACUGCAUCACUAAAUACAAUCUUAGGGGCUUUAUAUAACACCAGUAUAAACUACAAUUGAGAUUUAGGUAGCAAAGAAAAUGUUUUAUAGAUACAGUAAAACUUUGAUCACGAUGAACUAAUCAACUGUUCUGACAUACACGACCAUUGUCCGCCGACUAUCCAGUGUCAGCAAGCAGGGGGAGGGGGGAUGGUGUGGGCACGGGUGGUUGUGGUGUUGGUGGGAGUGUUGGGGGCCUGGGUGGAGGGACACGGGCGGCUAGUGGAUCCCCCCGCCCGCGGCACCAUGUGGAGACUAGGGUUUGACACCCCCGCCCACUACAACGACCACCAGCUCUUCUGUGGCGGGUUCUCGCGUCAGUGGGUGCAAAACCGCGGACGAUGUGGGGAGUGUGGGGACCCCUGGGACCUGCCUCGACCCCGACCAAACGAAGCUGGGGGCAUGUGGAGCACCGGGAUCAUCUCCAGGGUGUACCGGGAGGGCGAGGUACUGACGGUGACGGUUCACCUGACGGCGAAUCACAUGGGCUGGUUCGAGUUCCGUCUGUGUCCCAACAAUGACCCGACCCAGUACGUGAAGCAGAGCUGCCUUAAUAAACACGUCCUCCGCUUACUGGACUACCCCGGCACCAGGUACCACCUGAAGCACUCCCAGACCGGGCUCUUCCGUAUCCGUCUCCAGCUGCCACCCGGCCUCACCUGCACCCAGUGUGUCGUCCAGUGGCACUACACGACAGGCAAUAACUGGGGGUUCUGUAAGGACGGCAGCAACAAGCCCGGGUGUGGCCCCAGAAAGUGUUCCGCGGGUGCUCCGACAUCGCCGUCUACGAUCACAACGACCCCACCUACUUCCAGUUCGCCAACCUCACCAAAGAGUCAGACCUCUCCAAGUUCCUGCAGCUCAAGACACCGAGGAACACGACGGGAAUCCUUACGACGAUCAGUUUAAUCUUGACAAUAGUGGAUUUGUUGACCCCUUCGACACUACUGACGAUGAGGAAGGUCUUGUCCAGGGCGAGCCGGAUCACCUCACUAACUUCGAGGAUAAUUUCAAUCGUGAUUUCAAUGGAAGGAACGAAGUGACGCCCCCCUCUCAGUGAGUGGACCAGUCGUAAACCAGUUCUUGACCUUCCACAGAGACACCGACCCAACAUCUAAACCUUCUAUCACCUUCGUCGACGACAUCAAGUCAAAGAUUCACGACAACAACGACCAACAACUGUCCUCGGGCGUCCCUCUACCUAAAGAAACCUUCUCUCUCGACGGUCCCACCUUCAGGGAUCCCCAGUACUUCAACGAGAGACAAAACGCCCUCCCAAGCUCAUCACAAAAGAAAUAUGUGUCAUCUGAUGACUUCAGGAGAGCUAUACAGUUUGAAAGAGACGACCGAAGUAGUCAGCUAUCUGCCCCUACUCCCUUCCUGUCUCUUAUUAAUGAUGACAACAACCAGCCUGUGGUCAUCAACUCAUACGACAGGGUCACACCAAGCCCCUUGGGUCCUCCCUUGGUACUUCCUCACCCUCAGUCCCCCAGUCAACGGUCAAUUAUUACGCCGGGGAGAAUCCACUCAGUCCACUCAGACCAGCCGCCAAGUUACAGACCUCUAGCGAAAACGGCAGAGAGAACAGAUUCAGGAGACAGUAAUGGGGUGCGAGAAGGCGGCGCUCUCGUCACAACGGGGUCAACCGGUACCACUACAAGGCAUUGCUCCUGUGACGAUGCAAGUGUUGCAGAACCUUCCAGCACUAUUGCAAGGCGACGAGUCUUCUGGAAGUCCACCUUUAGCCUUGCAGGUGCCGCUGUCCAGCCUCAACAGUCAUGAGUCCAUCGAGCGUUUGCUCCUCCUUCAACGGGCCCUCACCCUCGCCUCCUCCUCCUCGAAUAAGCCGUCUCCCUUCGUCCUAAUCUUGGUCUAGGAGUGACGUUAUCCUCCGCCUCCUCCAGGAUAGAGGCCCCAUCGUCUUCAUCUUGGUUAUUUUAUGUUAUUUCUUGUUUAUUUACAUGUUUUCUCAAUCCUAAAUCCGUAGUCGACUUCAUAUUCAACUCCGAGUGAUGUCAAAUUGUUUUCCAAUUAACCUAAUACUUGUUUUCAAUUGAAGUCAUGUGGUCUGCAAAUGACGUUAUACUGGUCAACAAUGACAUCAUAUAAAUAUACUAUUAAUGUCAUAUAGGCCUGACAAUGACGUCAAUCUAAUUUACAAGUGACGCCAUAAUAAUCUCAGCACCGUCACACUUAUCUAUAAAUGAAAUAAUAUUCUCUAAGAGUGACGUCAUCAAUAGUACCAUAAAAAACGUAAGUUAUAAAGGAAAAACUAUUUUAUAAAUUGCUUUGUUGUACACAAUAAUCUGCCCUUGUUAUAUAGGUUAAGGAUCCAACGACUGUAAAUACAAAAGAACUGUAGAAUGUAGAAUCGGAAUGAGGUGUUUGUUGUUACUGUGACUACUAACACUGUUGUUGUAGCUGUUAGUUAAGUCAGAUUCUCUCUUGAGAUGAUGUAAGCAUUUACCUUUAGUCCUGAGUUAAGGUCUGAUUUGUAUAUGUUAAA